AUGCCUCGCCGUAAUACCACAUCAUUAUCGCAAACUAUCUUCGCUCACUAUGUCGGUCAAGCCGGCUCCGAGAUUUUCGACGAAUACGCCAACGACAAAGGUUUUACCUUUGCCCGUGGCGCUAUUUCGACAUCUGGGAUUUCCAACGAGGAUCCUUUUGUCACACCUAUAGUGCUCGCAUGCCUUGGUCGUCAUUCUCCUCCCCUCAAUGCUGGCAAUAUAUACGCCUUAACUUGCCGCCUCAUUGGCUCAAAUACCUCCCGCGAGGAUCAUUUUCAUUUUGACCCCAACGACGCAAUUGACCUCGGGCCGCUUCCUUCGACUUCACUUGCUUUCGAUACGCGACCAACUAUUGUGAUCACGCUCAGCUCUGUCAAUGAGGACCCAAUAACCCACAGUCUCGUCGUAUGCACUACCCGACACUAUAUCCGGCCCUCCAUUGCCGCUUCGACGAGCGUAGACGAUUUGCACGUCGGUUCCGAAGCCACUUUCCAUAGUAUGCUGAUGGAUUACAACGAGCAGCGACAAAUGUGGGAAUCAGAGGUCCGCCACUUUACGCUGUCCGUCCCGAUAGACUCACGCCUGCACGGCCACUCUCCCCCAAGCCUUAAUCACGAACUUCUGCAAACCGCACAAGCCAUCAAUAACGUCAACACCUCUUGCUCCGCGCAGUCGCAACGACCUAACACUGGAUGUUACCACGACUUCUAUCCUCCCCGCGGAGAAACGGAAAACGCGCAAAUUGGGCACCCAUUGUCAGAUGACGUCCUGUCUUAUGACGGUGUCGUGCUGUAUACCUCCGACACGCCUCCUCCGUCCGACAAUACAAUUGCCAAAGAUUUGUCACGCAGUCACAAACGCAAAACUUCACACUAA